GGACACGCGCGGCAGUCGCGCUAAAAGGCGCCGCCCGCGAUCCUCCUUCAUCUCCUUUCUCCCCAACAUCAUCAUGGCACUCGACGGAAUACGAGAAGAACUCUAUGAAGGGUUCGUGCAGGCGUACCGGACGCUCGUUCCCGAGCAGAAGGAUCGGAUACCCAUGUCCCCCGAGGCGGCGGGGUUCGCCCUGAUAACAGCACUACCCAUCCUAUUCAUGGCAUACCUGGCGCGACGACCAGACACCUAUCUCAUCCGACUGCUCUUGCUACCCCUCACGAUCAUGGGUCUCGUAUCUUCAGCGUACCGCUACUACUGCGUUACUCCCAUUCUGAAUGUGUACAACUGGGCGGUCUCAUUACACGUAGCCGUCGCGAUCGCGAAGGCCCUACAAUACGCCCUGACCCCGGAGGGCAUCUUGAAGCGCGACGAAAUCGCACCAGGCGUCAAAGCACCACCUCCCAAAGUGAACGGGAAAGUGAACGGCAAGGUCCCCCAUCAGAACGGAGACGUCCACGGCCCCGACGAGGCCGAGAAGCACAACGCCGCCGCGGACGCCGGCCCGGGGGGCGACGACUCGGAGGAGCUCCCGCCUCCCAGCGUCCCCAGCGGCCCCUCGUGGGCGCCCGCCUGGCUCCACGACGCUGUCGAGCUACUCAUCACCAUGCGCGGCCUCAAGUACAAGUUCGGCCACGGCGUGCACAUCCCGCCCGAGACGCGCCCGCUUGAACGUGGGCCUUUCUUGCGCGCGACGCUCCGGCUGUUCAUCAUCAAGUUCCUCAUCGUCGAUUUCCUGGAAACCUGCAUCAAGCUCUUCCCGGGCGUCGGCUCGCCGUUUGGCGGGAGCAUGAUCUAUCCGGAGCUCCCUACCGUGCAGCGUCUGCUCGUUGCGCUCGCCAUCCACGCGAUGACCGGCACUGCGAUCGUCAUAGGCUUCGAGAUGGUGUACUACCUCAUCACGCUCAUUGCAGUCGGCCUCCUGCACAGCGACCCCAUCUACUGGCCACCCGUACUUGACGGCCCGCAUCUCGCCGAGUCCAUGCACCAACUCUGGUCGACGUCGUGGCAUCAGAUGCUGCGCAAUACCUUCGUAACCUACGGCGGGAUCCCUGGCUUAGUCCUCGGUCGUGAGAUCGGGAGGGUACUCGGCGGGGAGAAGGGCGCGAAGGUGUUGGGCAACACGCUAGCGGUCGUCGGCACGUUCUUCGCGUCUGGCCUCUUCCACGAGGUCUCUAUGUCAGCUAUGGGACGUGGCUGGGAUAAUGCACCGAUCAUAUUCUUCGCGAUGCAGGCCCCCAUCCUGUUCCUCGAGCGCGCCUGGCGCGUAGUAACCGGCAAGCGCGUCGGCGGCUGGCCAGGCCGUCUAUGGGUCUACUUCGUUAUGUUCGUCCUCGCGCAGCCUAUGGUCGACUCCUGGCACCGCCGCGGCCUCGGCGGCGGGCUUGUCAUCCCCUACUUCGUCAGCCCUACGAAGCUCGCUUUCCACUUCCUGGGCAUCCGCGGCUUCGACUUCUUGCGCACGACGCCGUGAUCCGCGCGCACGACGCCGUGAUUCGUGCGCAUGAUGCCAUGGUAUCCUUGUUGACCACGACUGGGUGACCGGGUUUGCCACUCACCAGU